ACCACCUGCUCUCCUGACCUGCCCUUCCCUCAGUCCGCGUGCUUUCUCCGUAGCAGUGCUGUUCUAUUACCAGUGUCAUUCAUUAGUUAGGUAGUAUGGAUAGUUUGAAGUUAGCUGGGCUACAAGUCGCGGGUGCUUCUCUGCUGGGCGCAGUGUCGUAUUAUUGCUACAACAACCAGUCUACGCCGACUAAGCCCCUCAAAAAGCUAGCUAAAGGUGUCAAUAAAAACAGCAGCAUUGUGCUUUUCUUCAAUGAGGGAGGCACACAAUGUUUACACCAUCAAAAUCAUAAGACGGAUGAAUGCCCUUUGGUCGACUGUCCUGUUCGACACUUGAGGACUCUCAAACGUAUUGUGAGUAAAGCUUCAUCCUGUGUCGAUAUUUGUCUCUACAAUUUGAAUCAAGUUGAAUUGGAGUCAGCACUUGUGGAUCUGCUAAGGAGCGGUAAGAAAGUCAGAGUGGUUGUUGGAGAUAGGAAUAUUGAGGAUAAAGAGGCUAUCUCCAGGCUGAGAUCAGAAGGAGCAUUUGUAGUGGAGAAAUGUAGCAAACCUCCACCAGGUGCAGAUUUAAGAGCGUUGCAAUAUGCACCUGGAGACCUGCUAAUGCACCACAAAUUUGUUAUUGUGGACAGCAAAAUUCUAUUAACUGGUUCCAUGAAUUGGACCAACAAUAGCUUCACCAAUAAUUAUGACCAUAUGUUAAUAAAUGUUGACCCCUAUCUGGUUAAUCAGUUUGUAGAAGAAUUUCAGUAUCUUUUUUCUACUGAGAGUAACAAUGAAAAAGCUUACUGUACCCAACCUAAUGGAAAGGUUCCAUUUGAAGCAAUUUUCUUUCGAAGAAAUAAUUUUCUCUGUCGCCCAGAUGCAAACCGAAAAAAGAGAUGCGAAAAGGAAGAUUGCAUGUUUUACAACUACAAAUUUAUUCUUCAUAAAAUUAUGAGAGCCUCUGUCAGUGUUGACAUAUGUGUCCAACAGCUCACAGCUGAAGAUUUGUCAAAUGAAGUUAUAUUUCUUCAUAAUAUUGGAGUAAAAGUAAGAGUUAUGUGUGACAAGUCUUUUUCCACAGGGACUGGCAGUCAGAUGCAGGUUUUUAUAAAUGCAGGUAUUCCAGUGCAUAGACUGGAGGGAGAAGGAAGCCUUCACCACAAGUUCAUAAUAAUUGAUGGUAAAACUUUGCUAGCGGGUACUAUCAAUUGGACCAUGCAGGGUUUCUUUGGGAAUUAUGAAAAUUUACUUAUAAUUGAAGACAAGGACACAGUACUUCAGUUUGUUAAGGAGUUUGAAAAGCUGUGGGAUGUAUUCCCUGCAAUCUCAAAGGUUUAUUAGUGUUAUGUGUUUUAGAUUUAAAUGUUGUUUUUGAAUGAGAAGAACACUUGUCGUUAGUAUGUACCAUGACAUAGUAUUACUUGACAAAGGGAAAUGAUGAUUGACUCUACAAUCCAUAUGUACCCUGGUAUGAAGCAUUAAGUUUUACGUUUAUAAAAUAUUAAGACCUUUGAUUAAGAAGUUGUUGUGAGUUUUCUCAUAUGUUAGGAUUAUUUUACUGAAUCACAAUGUUUUUAAAAUUCUGUGAUAUUUUGUAUUUUGACAACGCCAUGCUGAGGCACUUCUCAUUAUUUUCAUUAAGAUUAAUUUGAACUCCUUGUUAACCUAAUCAUCGACAUACAUGAUAUUCUGUAUUUUGACAUGACCAUGCUGAGGCACUUCUCAUUAUUUUCAUUUCUAUUAAUUUGAACUCCUUGUUAACCUUAUCAGCGACAUAGGUAUUUUGUAUUUUGACAUCGCCAUGCUGAGGCACCUCUGAUUACUGUCAUUAUUAAUAUUAUUUUGAACUCCCGUUGUUCCCCUAAUCAACAACAUACUACAUAUUGAAAUUAAACAUUUCAUGCAAGUUUACAA